GGGUAGUCCCCAGACCAACAUUCUGACCUGUCGCCCGGCCGUCUGUUUGACUGGCGGUCACAUCUGUGGUCCCAAGACUGGCUAGCCAUCAUGCCUUGACAUUCACUGAGCAUCUGGAGACUCGAUCUUUGUGUUACCUCCACACCAUCUCUGGCAUGAUACUACCAAGACUUCUUUUACUUCAAUGGACAGGAGGCUCUAACCUAAUCAUCUCGCACUUGCUCAUCUCUGAACAUUUGCAAUCGGCAUCCCACGCAAAACAUCAAAAGCACAAUGGUCAAUUGGAAACAACCCGAGUCAGCCGACCGUCUCUGUGCGGCGCUCGUCGUAGCCCAUCCGAGUCUAAAGCUCGACUACAAUGCCAUAGCCACCUACUUCGGACAGGGAGCAACAUACGACGCAAUUCAAAACCGCUUCCGAAAAGUCCACUCAUUCGCCGAUCAACUCCGACAGGAAGCCAUAGAACGGGGAGUCACCGAUCUCCCCGUUGCGAAGGCCCGAAAAUCCACUAUCGGCAGUAUUGCCUCUCCUGCUCCACGAACACCCCGUAUGGGCCGCAACGGGAUCCAGAAGCCUGUCUCCUCAUCCUCAUCUCGAAAGAGACCCGCUUCCAGAACACCCGCCAACUUGAUAACACCAACCCGAAGCGGAGCCGGUUCAAGCAAAGCCGGACAGUCUAUUAUGGAUGCAAUCUCUCUAGAAGAUGACAUGCUCGACGAUGGAAGGGCCGAUAUGAAGCCUCCGCUCAAAGCGGAGUCCAGGUCUGCGCAAAUCUCAACAAUGGCAGGUCCUGCUUCCGACGAAAGUGAUGUCGAGAUCAUUGAAAUGCCUCCUUCGCCUCCGGCACAUACAACGGGCAAAGUCGAGGGGUUUUAUGUAUCGACAUCGAGCUUUCCUUCUUAUCCUAAUUUCAGCGUGAGCAAUGGGAUUACUAGCUCAACUGUCAAACGCGAACGUGAGCAAAAUCGCUUGCCGGAAUUCGAGGAUACGCCCGUUAACGGUACGAAUUCUACUCCAUCAACAUCAAGCGUCUUCAGCAAUAGAAAGAGUAACAAUGACACUACUCUCGGCAUAUCCAGUAUAGGCGGGUUCGCCCAUAAUAGUAGCUCAGCCUACGAGAUGGACGAUCCAUGGAGUGAAGUUGCAUGAGAACCGAGAUCAGAACAAUGCUGCUUUAUCUCUCGUUUCUGGAAGAAGUCGAUCUGAUUCUACAUUGCAUAGUCCGUCUAGCUUUCCUUGGUUUCGGUUCUAGGUUUUUUUUUUUUUUUUUUUCUUUACUGGAAAGGCGUUCCCU